UCCAAUGCCAUUUUUGUUUUAAAUUAAGAAAAACUUGCAUCCUAAAUUCCACCUAAUAAUUAUUGCACUACUUCACCAGGCUCACAUGUUUUGAUUUCAUUCCAUCAGUUUCCACUAUAUUGUGCCUUUAUUCUUAAUUGUUUUGAUUCUUUCAUUAAUUUCUCCCCAAAAAUUGAGUCACGGUUGAAUUGGGGGUUGUGUAAUUAUCUACAAGUUUGGAUUUUUAUUUGAUUAAUUUGAUUUGGUGCUCAAUGAUGUUAUUUUCUAAUAUGUUAUUUUCUAAUAAUGUGUAUGUUUGGUUUUUGAUUUCAUUUUAAUUGGUGGAAUUUGGAGAAUGUGGAGGGAUUGAAGAUGUGUGAUUUUCAGCAUGUGUGUCUCUGAGUUGUGUACUUUGGUGUUUCAGGUGAAUGUGUGAGGCUUUGAGGAAUUGUUCUUGAGAAUGACUGAUGUGGCAAAUCUUGUUGAGGCAUCAGGAACAAGAUUUAGUUCGUUGGAGCUUAUUGGGCAAGGAUCAUUUGGAGACGUCUAUAAAGCGUUUGAUAGAGAGCUCAACAAAUUAGUCGCCAUCAAAGUAAUUGAUUUGGAAGAAUCAGAGGAUGAAAUUGAUGAUAUCCAGAAGGAAAUUUCUGUUCUAUCCCAAUGUCGAUGUCCAUACAUUACUGAGUAUUAUGGUUCUUAUAUCAAUCAAACUAAACUUUGGAUAAUCAUGGAAUACAUGGCUGGUGGCUCAGUUGCUGAUCUACUUCAAUCAGGUCCUCCCCUUGAUGAAAUGUCAAUUGCCUGCAUUCUACGUGACUUGUUGCAUGCUAUUGAUUAUCUGCAUAGUGAAGGAAAAAUUCAUAGAGACCUUAAAGCUGCAAACAUUUUAUUAACUGAGAUCGGUGAUGUAAAGGUUGCAGAUUUUGGUGUUUCUGCUCAAUUAACGAGGACUAUAUCAAGGAGAAAGACAUUUGUAGGAACACCAUUCUGGAUGGCACCUGAAGUUAUUCAAAAUACAGAUGGAUAUAAUGAAAAGGCAGAUAUUUGGUCUCUAGGGAUCACUGCAAUUGAGAUGGCAAAAGGGGAGCCUCCACUUGCUGAUCUUCACCCGAUGAGAGUGCUUUUCAUCAUACCUCGUGAGAAUCCUCCACAGCUUGAUGAUCAUUUUUCUCGUUCAUUGAAAGACUUUGUUUCACUAUGCUUAAAGAAGGUUCCUGCUAGGCCAAGUGCUAAGGAACUUCUCAAAGAUCGUUUUAUUCGAAAUGCUAAGAAGAAUCCAAAGCUUUCAGAAAGAAUAAGGGAACGUCCAAAGUACCAAAUAAAGGAAGAGCAAGAAGAGACACCUAGAAAUAGCUCAAGAGGGAGGGGUGAGGCAACAGAUACAGUAAAGGUGGCUAGAGAUUUAAGAGGUGAAGAAAAUAAUCGACCCAGGGAUCAGAAUCAAACCCUAAAAAGUGUUGGAUGGGACUUCAACAUUGGUGGAUCACAGGGUACUGGAACCUCUCGUAAUGUUUCUCGACCACCUCAAUUUAGAGAUAAGAAAACUGAAGUUUCACAUAACCAGCUUACCCAAAGAAAAGCUCCAGAAAAUGUUUAUCAAGGGGGAUCCACCAAUAGAAUUGCAUCAAAUGAGUCACUUGAAAGUUCUUCUAGAGGAGAUCUUAAAGCCCCCCACCAUGAUGAGUAUUUGGAUAAUCACCUUGAAGAUGGUGACUUAUUUGGGAAUGAAAUAGGAACUGUUGUUGUUCGAUCUCCAAAAGGAUCAAGGUCAUCUGUGUUUCGUGACCAGAACUCUCAGUCUAGCAGCAGCCAUGCUUCUUUUGAAGAUGCUUCUACAAGUGGAACUGUUGUUUUACGUAGCCAGCAGAAUGACUCUGAUUCUCCACAGACACCAAGGUCUCGAUUGGGAAUUCAUGACAAAAAAUCAAAUGCCUUAACAGAAGAUAGUGCAGCAAAUCUUGCUGAGGCAAAGGCUGCUAUCUUGAGGAAAAAAAAUGCUCAAGAGAAAUUUCCACGAGGAAAAAUCAACAACGAUAGACAUGGGAGCAAAAGAGAUCAAAAGUCUAGCAGCUCUGAUUCUUCAAGACCACAUGGUGAAUAUGGUGCAAACAAGGGCUUGUUAAGAUCACAUCAUGCUAUUGGUGACGCAGAAAAUUCUAAGAUAAUGUCAUCAUCUGCGCCAUUAUCUGUUUUACUUAUUCCUUCAUUAAAAGAGGCUAUUGCUGAUGAUUCAGAAGGCUCGAUUGUGCGAUCGGUUAUCAAUUCUUUUAUAAACAUGGAAGGCACAAAACCUAAAUCUUGUGAUGUUGUUGUUAAAAAGUUGCUUCAACGGUUGGCCAGUUCAAAGGAAGAUUCAUUAAAGGACCUGCAGGGACUAGCAAGCCAACUAUUCAGCAAGACCAAUUCAACUGAAGAAACCGAAAAUGCUAAUAGGAAGAAACAACAAAACAAGGAACAUCAUGCAAAUAGCAAUUUGAGUCCACUCGCAAGUUUUCUUCUCUCAAGAUGGCAAGGCCAAACCUCACAAAUAUAAACUCAUCUUGAGUAGAGAUAAAAGUUACACUUUGUGUCUUGUCUUUAUUUAUGCAUUUAUAUUUUGAUUAAUUGUACAUAUACUAUUAUUAGAAAUUAUUUUUCCAUGUUCUAUUAUUAUUAUUAAUUUUUUUUCAUAGCGAUAGAAGACAAUAGUGUUGUAUAAUUUAGAGGAUUUUAUAAGUUAUAUGUAAAUUUUAACAUAUUACAUUGAUUUGUAUUUUCUAAUUGUAGUCCCUUUACAAAGUGGGACAACAAGUUAAUACACGUAUUAUCACUUUUCCAACACUAUUUAUCAUUUUAUAUGG